GAGCGUGCCUCCCGCGCGGAGCAGCUCUUGGAGGCCGCGGUGGCCCGUGAGGCAGUUUCAGCCUCUGAGCGUCUGACACUGCGGAAGCAGCUGGACGACGCGCAGCAAUUGGUGUCUGGCCUCUCCCAGCAGCUGGACAGUGUGCAAAAAGACGCCGCUGAGCAGAAAGCGCGAUGCGAGGCCCUUGAGAAGCAGCUCGCUGAAGCGAGAACUGCGCCCAAGGGGGCACAGGGCGAAGGCGCAGAUGUAGCUGCGGAGCUGACGCAACGCAUAGCGCAACUCGAGGCGGCACUUCGGAAGGAUGGCGCUGGUUUCGACGCGGCGGCGCAGGCGGUAAGAUGA